CGAACAAGGCCCUGGAAGCGGAAGUGUGCGGUCCACGUGUUGCGGUUUGAGUUCAUUCAUUUCUGGCAUGAACAAUGGAGCAAUGAAAAAUAAUAUAAUUAAAGAAUAGAAGUUAAAAACCUAGGCUAACCUAAAUCUGGUAGCUAGUUUAUUAGUCCGUGUUUUCUAUACUAUUUAGUUAAAGUUAAAACAUUUAUUGUAUAAAGGAUAAAAUAAUUUGCAUUGCAAACACAGCUACGCUAGCUUGAGUGAAUCAGACUCAGAGUUGCCUGGAUGAAAAGUACAGUAAAUACCAAUAUGAUCAAGGAAAACAGAUGGAACAUACCCCCAAAUGCCCCGGCGUGCAUGGAGAAGCAUUUGGACUCGGCGCAGUACAGGGCAGAUGGCACCCUGUUGCUGGGAGCCUCCAGUCUGACGGGCAGAUGCUGGCUGGGCUCCAUCUGGGUCUACAGUGACCCCAAGCAGUCUCCCAACGAGGGCUUCUGCAAGGCUGGUGUGCAGACAGAGGCUGGGGUCACAGAGGCAAAGUGGGUUUCAGAGAGGGGCGUCCUAGUUGCAUCUGACUCGGGUGCUGUUGAGCUGUGGGAGCUAGCGGAGGACGAGAGUCUGCUGGUGAAUCGGUUCACUAAACUCGAGCAUGAUCACAUCGUCACCAGCGUGAGCCCUGCUGGGUCAAACCACGCCGUCAGCGGCAGUAUGGACUGCCGAAUCAAAGUCUGGGACCUUAGUCAGGGGGAGGUGGUCAGCACAUAUAACGCUCACUCUAAGCCAGUCACUUGUGUAUCCUGCAAUCCAUCCGAUGACUCCCUCUUCCUCUCAUGUGGCCAGGAUGGCCGUCUGUUGCUUUGGGACAGGAGGAAACCCACCAAACCAGCCUCUAGAUUAGAGGUAGAGCCCAGCUGUUGCCCUACCUCAGUGGCCUGGCAUCCCCACCACAGGACCACAAUCGCCUACGGUGACGAGCUAGGACGCGUGACUCUGAAAGACUUUCAGGGCACAGAGCCUGCCCAGACGCAGAGCACCCACAGCCGUAGGGUCUCCAGCCUAGCCUUCUCCACACACAGCGCCCCCUUGCUAGCCUCCAUCAGUGAUGACUGCUCCGUUGCUGUGAUGAACUCGGAGCUUAAGGAAACGUUGAGAGACAGGAGGCACCAGGACUUUGUUCGGGGUGUCUGCUGGGCCCCUGGCGGUUCUGACACACUUACCACAGUGGGCUGGGACCACCAGGUCCUCCACCAUAUCACGGGACAGGACGGCCCCGCCACUGGAGACUCCACGUCCCCACCGUAGACCCAGCCUGGGUCAGGGGAUCGGGGAAGGGUGGUUGUGGAAGUAUGGGGUUUUGUAGGAGGUGGGGGAGAAUUUGAGGGGUUGGCAUAGGGUAGUUGUCAAUACCCACCACACUGGAACAGGACAGUAUACUGAUGUUUUCCCAAUCCUAGUCUGAAAGUACCCAUGGCCAUGCAGGUUUUCUUUCCAACUGAUUUCUAAAUCAAUUAUGUGUAAAGGUAGAGUCAGCAAUGUACCAAGUAAAUCAGGACGUUUUUCUGCAACAACUAAGAGUAAGGCUAAACAUUGUAGCUUUUUUCGUCCCGCAGCUAUCACGUUGCAGCAGCUUGAAGCGCACCCGUGCACAUGCAAAAAAUGUUUGUGGCAGCAAAGUCUUGCACCACAUGUUUGCGGUUCAUCCUGUUGCUCGUAGCAAUGUCAUACGCUGAGUCUCAGUUUGAGGUGUAUUAGCCACUUGUAGGACAUUACCUGUGGUGUGCAGUUUGUUCUUGGGGAAAUUAACUAAGAAAUGGAUUGGGGUAGUUAACAUGUGGGUUACUUUAAGAUGUGUUUGGAAAUGCUGCCAAAGGAAAUGGGAAUCUUUAAUCUAACGAACCCAUCUGAUCACGUUUACAGUCCAACCCCAUGUAACCUUUGUUUAACCACCCGGGGUGCUGUAUUACGUGGCAUGUAAGCUAGUCUGAGAAGUGUAAGCCACUGGCUCUUUGGAUAAGAUUUACUAGUCAAUUAUACCGUUGCGCAUUCUGAUAUAACACUGUGGACUAGAAUGACCUGGUUAAAGUAGUGACCACACAAUAAAUGCCAUGAGCAAAGUGUUUUCCCAAUUUAUGUAAAUUUGAAAAGUCUGUAAAUCUUCACUGCAGGGCUUGUUUGGACCAGUGUGCUUCCAUUCCAUAUUCUCCCUCCUCUUCCUUGGCACUUUCUUUUGUGUAGAUGUUCUCAUCUCUCACUUGCACAUGUGUACCAGAAACAGAAAACACUGUCCUUAACUGUUUUCGUCCACACGAAGACAUUCCUUGGAUUGGAUUGUCUGGUACAUGUCUGGUGGUGCAUUUUAGAAGUCUGAGGAGUACAACUUAAAACUGACGUAAUCAACUUGUUUUUCCAUCCUUCAAUAAAGUUUGUGUCCGAAAACUGUA